GGCCUUUACACGCGGAGGAUCACGGAGCCGAUCGACACAUGGAGUCCGGUUUCACGGAUCUGAGUGAAUUGGUUCGACCGAAUCAAUUCUCUCGAUCAACACGCUCGAUUUAAGCUCGAUGUCGGUUCCAUCUGAGUUCAGAAAAAUAAUUUGCUUAUUAUUAUUUAUGAAAAGUACGAAGGUCGUACUUCUUUUUACCGAUCGCAUCCACUUCGGGUGACCUCCGCGCCGUCCUCGACCAGAAACCCUCGUUGGCUGCAACCCUCGAUCUCGAUCGUCAUGGAUUCUUCCCCUCCGCUGCCGAUGCCGGUGCGGACUUCGUCCCGGAGCUGGAGCAUCUACGGCCGCGGCGAGAUCGCCCAGCGGUACGAGAUCCUCGGUCGGAUCGGCUCCGGCGCCUACGCGGACGUCUACCGCGGCCGUCGCCGCUCCGACGGCCUCAUCGUCGCCCUCAAGGAGAUACACGACUACCGGAGCUCCUUCCGCGAGAUCGAGGCCCUGCAGGCCCUCCGCGGCUCCCCCAACGUGGUCGAGCUCAUCGAGUACUUCUGGCACGAGGACGAGGACGCCGUGCUUGUGCUGGAGUUCCUCCCCGCUGACCUAGCCGCCGUCAUCCGGGAGGCGAAGAGGAGCGGGGGGAUCGCCAUCGGCGAGGUGAAGCAGUGGAUGGUCCAGAUUUUGAGGGGGGUCGAGGCAUGCCACAGGAGCUCGGUGGUGCAUCGCGACCUCAAGCCGUCAAACUUGUUGAUCGCGGCCGAUGGGGUUCUCAAGCUGGCAGAUUUCGGCCAGUCGAGGAUGCUUCAGGAGAAUAGAUUGAUAUCGAUUGACAGUAGUCCACAUGAACAAUUUUCAGAGAAUGAGACAUGGGUUCAACGACUGCCUACGGUUCAACAUGAGGGGAAUACGUCAUUGCCAGACGAAUCUGGUGUCCAGGAUGUUCAAGAGCAUAGAUCUGAUCAACAGAAUGCACAAGGCCUCCGGCAGGUCAAUGAAGAUGACUAUCUGAAGGAGUUGUAUGGUCUGAAGGCAAAGAAUACGACAUAUGAUAGUGAUAAGGAGAUGAGUUUGCAAGAUGGUGACACGUCUUGUCUGGCCACCUGUAGUACGGGUGACAUUGAGGUUGAUCCCUUCAAGGGCUCUUAUUAUUCCUACGAGGCACAGGAAGAUGAAGUAGAUGAAUCUGGUGCUCUGACUUCAUGUGUUGGGACAAGGUGGUUUCGAGCACCUGAACUACUCUAUGGAUCAAUGAGUUAUGGAAAAGAGAUUGACCUCUGGUCGCUAGGCUGCAUUUUUGCAGAACUUGUCAGUUUAGAUCCUCUAUUUCCAGGGACAUCAGAUUUAGAUCAACUGGGUAGGAUCAUCACUGUCUUGGGCAAUUUAACCGAAGAAACCUGGCCAGGUUGCUCAAACUUGCCUGAUUAUAACAAGAUCUCCUUCGGCAAGGUUGAAAAUCCUACUGGCCUGGAAGCAUGCCUUCCCAAUAGAUGUGCUGCUGAAGUUGGUCUUGUGAAGAGGCUGCUGUGCUACGAUCCUGCUUCUCGGGCUACUGCAGCUGAGCUGCUCCAUGAUCGCUACUUUGCUGAAGAACCUCUGCCCGUGCCUCCGAGUGAGUUGAAAAUCCCUUCUAAUAAAGAAGAGCACAAUGAGAGCUCUCCAGAGGCAUGGGCUGAUUACAGGGACAUGGAUUCAGAUUCUGACCCUGAUGAAAUUGGCAACAUAAAUGUGUCUACUACAGAGAAAGGUUUUUCUAUUAGGUUCUCAUAGUAAGUCUCCAGACACGACGGGCCCUUGCCAUUUCAUACUUACGAUGAAUUUUCUUGGCAGAUUGUUGAUGCACUAUAGGCCUGGCAUUAAAAAAAGUGCGAGGGGGAAGGUUCAUUUUGUGAUGUGAUGCUAGCAUUGUUUUCAUUGUCACUAUCGUUGGAACAGUUGAAGCCAUUAUUUGGUUUGUAUUAUUGAAUCCUUUUCCAUCAUGUGUGGAUUCAAAAUGAUGAAAACAUCAGGUGUAUACGAUUUAGCUGAACGUGAAUAAUUGGGACAUGUGAUGAAGUGAUUCAAAACACAUCACAAAGUAUUUCUCA